AUGUGCCUUCAAAUUAUUAUCUACAUCGCUGUAAUUAUUUUGAAAACCCUGGAUGCUAAUAAAACCAACGUCUCUACUACCUACUUUGUUGUUUUCUCAUCCCUACCCUCCGCUUUACUUUGGCCCACCCGUUUUCUCCUUUCAAUUUUCAUCGCGAUAUGGAGAGCUAUUUGCCUCACUCGCCCCCAAUUCACUGAGUCAUCGGAUAUCAAAGUGGUCUGUGCUAUUCUUCUGACUAUUUCUGUGUCAAUUGGAGUCACCGACGUCCUGGUAUUCUUUAUCGGGUGUCGUGUUCAUUUUGUCGCUCAUCCUGGGUGUAUGGCGCUGGGGUGCAUGGCGGGACCAUGUUUUGUGAAGUACUCUUUGAUUAAUCGGACGACCGAUUACUGGUUCCUCCUAUGUAUGUUCAACACAACUAUUUUCGAUUGUAUCCCGUUUGCCAUCACUAUUUUACGAGGCGCAGAUUUUGGAGCGAGUGUGAGUUCCAGAAGUUCCGGUUAA